CCGGAAACCGGAAGUGCUAUUCUCGCCAUCUCUAGAGUGAUACAGCAGUGCGGCUGUGAGGCAGAGCUGUGUGUGUGAGACAUGUAUCUAUCAAGCAUCGCCCGUCCUGAUCAGAAGCUGUACAAGGAAAUGGAUUACCACUACACCGGGCCCGUGGAGCACCGCUUCAACCCCUACACGUUUAACGGGGGAACUGUGCUGGCUCUUGCAGGGGAAGACUUUGCCAUUGUGGCAUCAGAUACCAGACUCAGUGAAGGAUAUUCAAUCCACAGCAGAGACACGCCAAAGUGCUACAAACUGACAGACAAAACGGUCAUCGGCUGUAGUGGAUUUCAUGGGGACUGCCUCACACUGACUAAAAUCAUUGAAGCCAGGUUAAAGAUGUACAAGCACUCAAACAACAAGAUCAUGACCAGUGGGGCUAUUGCAGCAAUGCUUUCCACAAUACUCUACUCAAGACGCUUCUUUCCUUACUAUGUAUACAAUAUUAUUGGAGGACUCGAUGAAGAAGGUAAAGGAGCAGUGUACAGCUUUGAUCCAGUAGGAUCCUACCAGAGAGAUGCAUACAAGGCUGGUGGUUCUGCAAGUGCCAUGCUUCAGCCCCUUUUAGAUAACCAGAUUGGAUACAAGAACAUGCAAAAUGUGGAACAGCUUCCUCUGACCUUGGAGAAGGCGCUACAACUUGUGAAAGAUGUAUUUAUUUCUGCAGCGGAAAGAGAUGUGUACACAGGAGAUGCCCUGAAAAUCAGCAUUGUUACCAAGGAUGGUAUAAGGGAGGAGUCAGUUUCUCUGAGAAAAGAUUAAUUCAAUUAACUUUUAGCUGGCCGACAACUUGUUUACUUCUGUAACUUUUUUCUUUAUAAAAUAAAAAAUAAAUAAACUUUGGGAAAAGAUUUA